GAUCCUCAUUGUGUUCAUAAACAAACAACUCUUCCCUUUCUCUCUAUUCCAACUCUUGUGUUUCAAACCUAGAAAGAAAUAGGUCACUAUUUUUCUAGCUUCUUUUUAAUCCAUUUGUAGUUUGAGAAUUAUAUAAUUAUAAUUCUCUUAGUUUGGUGUCAUAAUUUGUGAAUCUUGAAUCUUGAAAAUCUAGACAUAAUGAUGUCCUCACCUUCAGAAUUAAGCCUUGAAUGCAAACCCCAUCAAAGCUAUUCUAUGCUUCUAAAAUCUUUUGGUGAAAAAAUUGAUCAAACCCAAAAUUUAGAAGAAUUUGUUGCUCGACUUGAAGAAGAAAGAGUCAAGAUUGAUGCUUUCAAACGUGAACUUCCUCUUUGCAUGCAACUUUUAACCAAUGCUAUGGAAGCUUCAAGACAACAACUUCAAUCCUAUAGGGAAAAUCAAGGACGAAAACCAGUACUUGAAGAAUUUAUUCCACUAAAGAAUAAUAAUGCAAUUGGUGAAGAAAAUGAAAAAACUAUAGCAAAUACAACUGAUCAUAAUAAAGCAAACUGGAUGACUUCUGCACAACUAUGGAGUCCAGGAAGUGAAGAAAUUAAAGAAAAAUCCACACAAAUAUCUUCUAAAGAAAUUACUGAUAUUGGUAUUUCAAAACUAGCGUUUGACAACAAUUUUCCUAGCCCAACACUAGCUCUUGCUUCAACUAAACAAAGUAUUGAAAUAGUUGAAGAUAACAAGAAUUUGGAAACAGUGAAUAAUUAUUCUGGAAAAGAUAAUUUAAUAUUAGAGCAAGGAAAAGGAGGUUCUAAUAUUAAUCAGCAGCCAGAUUCUCAAAGUACAGGAGCUGUAACCAACAGUACAAGUACUCAACAGCAUAGAAAGGCAAGAAGAUGUUGGUCCCCUGAUUUACACAGGCGUUUUGUUAAUGCUCUUCAGAUGUUAGGUGGUUCUCAAGAAGUACAGACUUCACACGAGAAGGCCAAGUCCAAGCCCACAAGUAGCAACAUCAGCACCUCACCUGGUGGUUUUAGGUGGCAUAUGGGUUCCACCAGAGUACGCAGCCGCCGCCGCACACGGCGGUGCGCCACCUGCAGCCACCCUAUAUGGAGCACAUCCAACUAGCCAUGCACCAUCACCACAUUACAUUGCAGCCCCACAUGGAUCAAUGGCUCAAGAAUUUUACUCUACUACUGCACCGCAACCCUUACAAUCGCUUCACCACCUCCAGCACCACCACCAGCAUCAGCAGUUGUACCAUCACGGCGGCCAAAUUUACAAGCCACCCUCAAACUCACAUACUCAUAGCUCGCCGGAACCCGAAUCCCGAGGAACCGGUCAUGGUGACCGGUCGGAGAGUAUUGAAGAUGGAAAAUCCGAGUGCAGUAGCUAAGAAAAGUUUCUACGUAACAAUUUUCUGUGAUUAAGUUAGUUUAGAGUUAACUAAUUAAGAAUUAGCUUAGAUUAAUUAUUAGAAGGUUUUUGUUGUCGAAAGAACUGGGAAAAAUAAGCUGCAUCUUCCUGUUAAUUUAUGCUACACGUACGAAGGGAAGGGUAAAAAAGGCAUAAUGAAAAAAGGUAGUCUUUGUUUUCUUUUGAUAUAUCCUAAUUGGAUAAAGUUUAAAAUUCAGAUGUAUUUGGUUUUCUUGGCGUUUUGUGGAUCUUGCUUGCCAAUUUUUGGCUUUUGCUCA